GACAGGAGCAAAAGGACUCCAUGAUUGAGGAGGUGAUGUGGCUGCUUUGCAAGUUAAGUGUCAACAAAAUUCCUCAUAACAUUCCAUGAAAAGCAUACAUUUUUUUAUUCCAAUUCUUCAUCCCUUCACAAAUCACAAACCCUUUAUAUAUCAUUUCAUUUCAUCCCUCUUUCUUUGAUCCAAUUCAUCAAUACCCACUUGAAAAAAAUGGAUCUUGAUGAGUGGGAAAUCCUUCCUAGAGAUGGAUUCAUUGAUUACCACCAUGAAGAAGAAGAGGAACAAGAAGAAGGUGAGAGGAGAUUUUUCAGUAUUUCAAGUCCAAGAAGUGUAUUCAAGAUGAAUCACUUCACUUAUCCUUCACCACCACCACCAAGAACAAGAAGUCCAAGGUUGCUGCCUAACCAACAACUUGUUCCAGUUGAGAUUCAAUUGGAACCCAAAAUUGGUAAGGACCCAGAAGCGGAAUUGAUCAAAGAAGUCACUAAGGUACCUACUGAUACUAGUAUUGUACCCUCUGCAACCACUGAGAAGGUCAAAGAUUCUGACUUGGAUGUGGUUGCUCAAGUUUUCUUCAUGAAAUUGAAGGAAAAUAAAUUUGUCGACAUGAAAACUUACUCCCCUAAGGCCAGUCCUAGGGGGGUCCUGCCUCAAAUUGAUGCUGGUUCAUUCAAUGUUGAGGACAGAAGUGAAACCAUGGAGAGCGUUACUUCUCCAAGGAAAGAAGUUGAGAAUGAUAUGGGGAUGAUGGACAAGAAGAGCGAAAUCGAUGGGGAUAACGGAGAGGAUGUCAAUUGGGAGGAGAACGGUAAUGGUGGAUUGAACAUAUGGAAGUGGAGCUUAAAUGGGAUUGGAGCUAUAUGUUCAUUUGGUGUUGUUGCUGCUACCUUUUGUGUCAUCAUUCUGGGGAGCCAUCAGAGGAACAAACAGCAGGGGCAGAACCAGAAGAUUAGCUUCCAGAUUUACACUACUGAUGACAAGAGGAUCAAGCAAGUGGUUCACCAUGCAACCAAGUGGAAUGAAGCAAUGUCAGCUGUAAGAGGGGUUCCCCUGAACAGAGCUCAAAUAACAACUGGAGGCUACUAUGAUGGUUUUUGAAGUUUUUUCCCCCUGUCAGAUGAUCUGGAUGGUUCAUCAAAGUAAACUCCUGUGAUGGGUUUUUUGUACAUAGGUCUUGAGUAUAUAUAUAUAUAGAUGAUAAUGUGGGAUGUAUUUAUAUAUAGAUUCUGAAUCCUGUUUGUACUUUGUACUGGAAUCUAUGGUGUUUUUAUCUAUUAAUGGUCUUCUUAUGUAAGCUUUGCAUUUUGAUGAUAGAUCCCCAGACUAGAA